GAUUUUUCACAAUAAUUUCAAUUUCAAAUAAUUUCUUCAAAGUCAAAAAAUAAGAUUCAAAAAUAAAAAGACAAUAAUAUAUUAAUAUACCUGCAUCCUGCACGAUAAAAUUGCAGUAAUAAUAAUUUCAAUGAAUCAUCAUUAUUCUUCCCUAAAACAUCAUAUCAAAAUAUAUUCACAGUAGUUAAUUUUAUUUCAGGAACCAAAAACCAAAUACUUUAUACUUUUGCUUCUCUUGAGAGAUCCUAUUCAUAACUUGGUUCAAUAAUCUGUUUAUUUUCGUGAUCGUAUUUUUGAGAUAUGUCUGGUGAUAUAGCACAUUUUCUUGAGAAGGAAAAACUCAUGAUUCUAGAAAAUAAGAAAAGGCUAGGAUUGUGUAUGAAUGCUGAAUAUGCUAAAAACCAAGUCAUUCCGGUAAAGGAAACUUGUGAUAGAGAAGCUACUCAGAACAAUAAUUGUGAACAAUCAUUCGAAGAAAAUAAAGAAAAUAUCGAUCUAAAUUCCAGUAGUGUCUUAUCACCAAAAACAAACCAAACUCUGCCAUUUAUCGAACAACUUGAUUUAAAUAGUAAGCGAGAUCAAGAUAGUAAUGCCGUUUCGCUAGAAGAGAAAAAGCAAGCUUUAAUUGAUAGCCUUGUUAAUUGCGAGCAUCCAUUUACUGAUAGAUCGGAUGCCAGCAUCCGAUGUGCCAUGCUACGGUACGGCGAGUACAGCCCCAACAACCCGCAACUGAGAGUUACAGCCGCCCCUUACUUGGGUUUGGGGGAGUAUGAACAAAGGAGAAAUUAUUUCUUGCAGAAACAACGGGCGGAAUAUUUGAGGCACCUGGCCAAGAAAAAUGAAAACAUAAAAGUUACUUCCAAGCACAUUUUGUCUGAGAAAAACAGGUCUGUAAGUGAGACUGAAAAAUUAGAACUUUCAGAAAAAAGCGUUCAAACAGAUAUUCAGAAUAUCCAAAACAAAUUAGUUCAGUAUGCUUUGCAAAGUCAGAAUUCCCCGGAGAAGGAGCUGAGUCCGCUUGUUCUCGAAAACGAUAAAUUUUUUAUACGUAAUCAUCGAAAUAGUGUACCAUUUAGAGUAGAUCAGAGAUUAACCAGUGCUCAAAAUGCCUUACUAAACCCCGAAAUGGACAAACCGAAGAGUAUUCUAUCCAACAGGAAGACUGGCAGUCCGAGAGGUAGGCAAGUACCGGACCUCUAUGCCCCAACGUUCAUGGACGGCUUCAGCUACCAGGAAUCGCACGCCGAGGUGCUGGAAAGAGAGCGGCAGAAGCGCGACGCGUAUCAGCGCGAGCUGCGCGCGCAGAUCGACGAGAAGCGCGGCAGGCAGAGGGCGCGCGACGAGCAGGAGAGGAGGGAGCGCGAGAUCGAGAACAGGCGGUUGGAGCAGCAGCUGGACAGGAUGCGCGACGAGCGGAUGGUGGAGGAGGAGCGGAGGAGCCACAGGGACGAACAGAUGAGAAGACAUAGCGAAGAUUUGCUGAGGCGCAAGCAGGAGCUUCAAUCCAGACCCAGUUAUCGCAAACACACAGAUUCCGAGAGCAGUGUCACGAACAGCAUUCGCAAUAACCCCAACGAUAGCACUUACAAAUCACUGUCCCAUUAUUCGCCACCUGUUUCUCGACGAAAUCCGUACACCUUCAACAAUCCAUCCACAUCUGUGUUCUCAGAACCGACGGCAAGGUACAAUUCUCCAACAGGCAGGUUCGACAACUAUAAUCGAAGAGACAACUUGAAACGCAUGGACUCCCUGAACUCCUACGAUCCUCCACCUAGGCACCAAACGUUCAGUAGAUUUGACUCUCUGAGCAAAAUAGACUCCCUCACCCAAAGAAUGGAUUCGAUAAAUUUCAGGGACGACUACAACAGCGGCCAAAGGAGGCACAGCGCCUCCCAGCAGGACUACGCCGGCGCUACGUCGCGACGCAGCCCCCGGUUGCAGCGUCGGUGCAGCUCGGGCCGGUUCGAAGACGGGCUGCCGGCGCCCGUGCUGAAGGCGCACUCGCCCGUCGCCAGGGAGCUGAAGAACGCGGUGCCGUUCAACAGUGCCAGGCUGAGCUCGGAGGUGGUGAGGAGGCUGGAGGACAGGUGGCAGAAUCCUACAGUACAAAAAAAUAUAGUGAAUCACACGGAUUCAUCUAAAGAUGGCCAAACCCGAAGUAUUUUAACCCAGCUUGGUGCAAUUCGAAUGCAGCUUCAGCAAGAACAGUUACGAAUGGAUGAAUCACUAAGAAAAAAGGAUGUUACACAAUCUAAGGCUGUUGAUUUUCAUUGAAAAUUUUCAAUAACCAAAAAGUUUACAUCGAGUUAAUCGAAAUUUUUAUUAGGUAUUUUAUAUAUUGUUAGAAGUCGUCUUUAUAUUUAUAUUUACUAAAUAGAUAGAAUGUUG